CAAUUCCCCGGCCGAGAACCCCGCUGGAAUUUUCUCUAUGGAUUCGUCAACGCACUAUACACGCCAGCUGAAAAUGGUGGAGGCGAUGAACAGAUUGUGGAUACGGUAUACGGUAGAUGUAAAGUACAUUUUACACGGCCACAAGAUCGACAAUUUCGACGACAAAUCAACAACUGCGAGAUCAAAGGCGACCUGUAAGUUCCAGAUUACGGUACAUUACGGUAACUGCUCGGCCUUCAUUGGUUGAAU